AUGUCCCGACCCAAUACACCUCGCCAACGUGCGAAUACUUUCUCGCUGGACGAUGCAAUCGAUUCCCUUGCCCCUAUUUCCAUGCUCAGAUGCCCGCGUACUCAUGUUGACCAAGCAGGACGUGUGGAGAUUGGGCGGCCGUUGAGCAAUCCUGGAAUCCAAAGGCCUUUAGAUAUUGUGGGAUCCCGAACGAAAGGAAACCCCAAAGGACUGGAUACCGGGGCCCCCAAAGCUUCCAACAGUGAUAAAAACAAUGAGGCGGAUCCCAUGGACAAGGAACGGCCGUUCCGUAAGCAGGACGACUUUAUCCCAUUGUAA